AUGGGGCACAGACAUUUUCCUGGUUCAUCCCAAUUUUUCGAUGAUGGACAUGAUCAAGGCUGGAACCAUAUACACCCAAGACAUCCAUAUACGAGUCCAGCAGGAACUGGGACCAGUGAGAACAGAUCGCAUGUUUAUCCAGCAGAAAACAUGUUGAAUGAAGAAAUGCCAGUUUCUUCGCACUGGAACUCUUCUACGGGACCAAAUGCCUAUACUGCUUCAGCUCAUGGUGUGGAGUGGCCACACUACAGUCACGUUCCAUUCAUGAGUUCAGCAGCUGCAACUUUCUCUGCUCCACAUGAACAUUAUGUGACAUCUGCAUCUUCUUCAAACUGCAACAGCCAGAGAUGGUCAAAUGAUAACAUAUUUGAUCUACCUAUGGAAAAUGUGAGAGGAGCACAGAAGCGGAAAAACCCAUUCGAUUCUUCCUUAUAUGAAAUGGGUAGUUCAAGCCAUUACUAUGGUGACAGAACUUCCUCAGACAUCCCUUUUCCCUUUCCGUUACACAUGGAAAAAUCACUAACUCAUGAUCAUGAUCCUCAUUACAUGCCGUGGCUAAUGAACCCAACUUACAGAAGUAAUAAUCUAUCAAUCAGGGGAGAGAGUUCUUCAAGGAAUGUCCGGAGUCGUCCUACGCUUGAUUUAGAGACCAGCGUAGAUAGAAAUCAAUUUUCAAGAAGCUCGGGCCUUGAUUCUCAUCGUACACACCACAAUGUUGAACAUUCUACCUCAGUUCAGUUUCCUGGUCAGGACUCUCUCUGGAAUAAGGACUGGAACUGUCCUAGACACUCCCCGUUUCCUGGAAAUCAAAAAGUCUUUAGUCCAGAGACAAAUAAUUUUCUUCCUCCGAGAAGUGUUGGCAACAGCACAUCUGUUGAUACCUCUGGCUAUCACCAGGGGACAAUGGGAAACAGAAACUCUACAGUUUCCCAUGGUUUUCCCGGAACUUCAACACAAUCUGCAAGCAGCUCCCGCUCCUCUCACAGAUCAACACCCACCUAUAGAUCUUCUUCAAACGGUUUGCGAUUGGAACAUGUAGCAUCUUCUUCUGGAGAUAGGUCGCAUUUGGUCAAUGAUACAUAUCCUUCUAGGCAUAUGAGGCCACCACCACACUUUUCAUUGCGUAGCAGUGAUUGCCCAGGGAGACGCAGGAGUUCCUUUGAGAGGUUUCCGCCUCCUUUCGAUGAAGUAGAUGACCGUUUCUCAUCUCAGGCAUUUAUGGUUGUAGAUCACCAACCACACUACGGAUCCAGAAACAUGCAUGAUCACCACAGAGACAUGAGGCUCGAUGUCGAUGACAUGACAUACGAGGACCUUCUUGAUCUUGGUGAAAGGAUUGGGAGUGUCAACACUGGUCUAUCCAACGGCGCAAUCUCCAGUUGCUUGUUAGAGGCUAUGUAUCACCCAUUGUAUCAAACAGACGAGCAAAGAAAAUGUGCAAUCUGCUUGGAGGAAUACAAGGAAAGAGAAGAGUUGGGGGAACUUAAAGGGUGUGGUCAUGAGUACCAUGGAGGGUGCAUCAAGAAAUGGCUGUCUAUGAAAAAUUCUUGCCCUAUUUGCAAAUCACCUGCUUUGCCCUGAUGCUUCUAAGAAUACCCAUAUGAUAAAAUAAAACUAUACAUAUGUAUAUUCGUUUUUCUUUUGCUGAAAGGAAAAUACGAUUGACAACAACACUAAGUUCUGCUGGUUAGUAACAGUUGUAAAUAGAAGAAAGUUCAGGAUGUAUAACAAGUGCUGUACUAUAUGUUAUUGGUGAAAUAUUUUUGAAUACAGAAC